GUCAGGCUGGUUAGUGCAGUGUUAGGCAGUGUGUGAGGGUGUGUGAGGGGCCUGGAAUGAAGUAGCUCACGUGACGGGCUGUGGUGACAGAGGCUCUCGGGGCCGCGGGGAGUGAUGCACCACACGGUGGGGGUGUCCAUCCCGUCCUUCAGAUACGAGGAGAGCGAACAGGAGAGAGGCUACACGGUAUUUAAAAUUGAGGUUCUAAUGAGUGGAAGGAAGCACUUUGUAGAGAAGAGGUACAGCGAAUUUCAUGCACUCCACAAAAAGCUGAAGAAAAGCAUUAAAACGCCUGAAAUGCCCUCAAAGCACGUGAGAAACUGGGUACCUAAAGUGUUGGAGCAGCGACGGCAGGGUCUGGAAGCCUAUCUCCAGACCAUUCUGAUGGAGAAUGAAGAACUACCGAAGAUAUAUCUAGAUUUUCUUAACAUUCGUCAUCUUCCGUCUUUACCAAAAGUGGAAAGUUGUUGCUCCAUUGACGACUAUGAAUCUCAAGAGUUCAGCAAACUAUCCCACCAGCCCGUGCUGCUUUUCCUGAGGGAUCCAUACAUCUUGUCUACAGCCAUCGAUGACUUCUCAAAUGUAGUUAUUGAAGGGGUUCUACAAGGAAUAUAUUACCCGUGUCUUCAGCCAAGGUAGAGCAAUUUCUACAAGCAAAAGACACUUCAAGAGCCCUGAACCAACAGACUAAUCAGUAACAAAUAUUAGAGUUGCACAUUUUUUAAGAAACUGUUCCAAUUGACUUUCUCAAUGGAAUAUGCAUUAUUUGAAACUUAAUAUGCUAAUUGUUUUUAACUUUUACAUAGUUCAGAACACAUUAAGUUCAAUAAAUGUGGGUACGUCAGUGUUAAUCAUUAUUAAUUUGAACAUAAAAUUUAAAUCAUGUUCUGUAAAUUGUAAAGUCAAGACCAUUGCUUCAUUGUUGAAUGAAGAGUCUUUCGAUUUUGUCUCAAUUUUUCUGUUGAAAAAAGUUAGUUAUUGCAACGUCAUAAAUCAAGAUUUCUGCUAGAAAUAUUUGUUGCACUUAAUUAUGUGGAAAUUAAACAAUAUUUAUCUGUAGGCAAUGAAUCAUGCAGAAGCCCAUUAUAGUCAUGUUUGAAAUCUUGUUAACAGUAUUGAAUAAGUAAAGCACAUCAUCUGGUUUAAAAAUAUAUGUUGUAAUCACUGCAUUUAAUAACAUUUGAAACAUUCAA